AUGCAAAUGAAAGGAACGCAGUACUGACAGUAAAAUAAAUGCUAUUUAUGUAACAACCUUGGAAUCUCUUUUUGAAAUUAAACCAGAUGACAUGGUUACAUCAAACAUGGAGUCAUUAGCUAACAAUACUACUGAAUGCCUUAAGAUAGUAUUUAAUGGAAGCAUUUCAAAUACGGACACAACAAAUGACAUGGAGGACUCAACAGAAUACAAGUUAACAAUUGCCUUAUGGACAUACCUAUCUCCGAUCGUAUUAUUGGUGGGGUUGAUAGGAAACUUGCUGUCAAUUCUGGUACUGAGAUGUACAAGCAUGAAACGUGCUGCAUCAUCGGUUUAUCUGACAGCCUUAGCUGUAUCUGACCUCACAUUGUUGCUGAUAAGUCUCAGUAAUGACUGGGUAGCCUACAUGUUUGACUUCGACAUACAAACAGUUCACACAUGGAGCUGCAAAAUCCACACAUUUCUGGUGUACAUGUUUACUGAUAUAUCUGCAUGGAUGCUAGUAUGUGUUAGCCUGGAGCGGGUCACCAUGGUAUACUGGCCAAUCAGAGUCAAAACAAUAUUCAGCCCUUGCAGAAUCAUGGUGUCUAUCAUCACCAUGGUUGCGCUACUAUGUGUUGUCAACAUUCAAUGGUUGUUUACACUUGUAGUGAGGGAAACAAUUCCAGGAGAGAUGAUGUCUCUUGUACAUGAAAGUCUCCAGAUUGAAGAUGCCCAAACCGAGGAAGAAAUUGUGUGCAUAUAUAAAGAAGGUACAGAGAACUUCAGAAGCUACUACUGGCCAUGGAUAGAUGCUUGUAUCGCCUCAUUUAUUCCAUUUACAAUCCUCAUCAUAUGCAACGCUUUAAUUGUAGCAAAACUUAGCAAAUCGAAGAAAUUCAGAAAAGAGUCAACAAAUGAGAGAAGAGGCAAAAAUAACAAUGCCACCAGGUCGAUUACAAUCAUGCUAAUCGUGACAUCAUUUAUGUUUCUCAUCCUAACGGCCCCGUUUGUGAUAUAUCUCAUCAUCUGGCAGAAAGAUACCAAAAAUGGAUAUGCAUCGAUGACUGAGCUUAUACAUUCGGAACUCAUGACCUCUAUAUUUGAUAUGUUCAUUUACUGUAACAGUGCCAUCAACUUUAUUCUAUACUGUCUCAGUGGGAAGAUGUUUCGUGAAGCCCUAGCAGAAUUGUUCUGUGGGAAACAACCGACACAGGCAAGUCAAAGAACCUCUCGACACAGCAACACAUCUGUGCUUCACACUGGUACAUCUCCAAAAGCAAGGUAUUGCACGGAUAUUAGAACUGCCAUAUAUAAUACUACAGCUGCUAAAUGUGAUAAUACAGCUCUUAAAUAUGUUACUACAACUGCCAGGUGUGAUACCAUAGCUGACAGACAUGAGAAUGGAGCAGCUAAAUGUAAUGCAACAGAUGCCAGAUGUGAUAUCUCAGCUGUGAGGAGUGAUGCUACAUCUGCAACUUGUCAAAUCGAUGGUGCCUACAUUAAUAAUAGCGAUAAAUAUAGCAUGGCAGUUCUUGGAGAGACGUUGUGUAUUGAAACACUAGAGAUAACAAAACUUUAACAUAUUAAUUAAGAUAAGAAAAAAAAAAUAGUAGAACACAUAAGCCUCAGUCACAUUUGCUCUGUGGCGGGCAUACGCCGUACAUAUCGAGAUAGAAAAUCUACAUUGUAAUGCUCCUCCCUAUAUUUUAUGCUGCAUAUUUCUCUCAAUUUUUGGAAGCUAUGGCUGCCCUAUGGUUGCCAUAGAUCAAAUGUGACUCCCGGCACUAAAUCUGUCAUUUCUAAGUCUAACCAAAAAC